UUUUUUUAAUAACAUUAUUUUUUUUAUUUGUUAUUUAUAUGUUUAGGUUUGCCAUACCAUUUUUUUAGGAAAUCCUAUCACACAGUAUAUUUCUUUAAAGGGAAAAUAUAUACAUUUUUGAAUUUAUUGAGGGAGAAAUAUCACCAUUUCUUUUUCCUGCAAAUUACAAAAUAUCACCAAAUUGUUGAACUUAAUAACUAUUUUUUUAUUAAAAAAAAAAGAAGAAGAAAUAAAAUACUACAUUUUUUUUUGAAAAAUGUCAUUUUCUCUGCUUGCUUACUCAUAUAAACACGCCAACAUAUGAUUACCAUGUAACCCCAAAUAAUUGAUUAUUUAUUUGUUUAGAAAGAAAGAAAAAGAAAGUUGUUUUUUUUUUUUAAUUAAAUAUAUAAACUGAAAAAUAGUUGGUUAAUUAAUUAAUCAAUUAGGCAAAAAGUUGUGCUUUAUUUAUGGUGAUAUUCUUUUUCAUGGUUGGGAAGUUUAAGACCUGCAAAAAGCAGGAUAUCUUUGGAUGAAUCGAUUAUUUUGUCCAUAAAUCUAAAUGAUCUUCAUCUUUUCCUCUUGGAAAGUUUGAUUCUGUUCAAAUACUCAAUUGGGUCUCUGUUUUUUCUCAAGAAAAUCCCAAGAAAUUUGUUAAAAUAUGAAAAGAAAAGUUCCUUUCUUUAAUCCAUGAAAGUGAUCCUUCUUUGGAAUUUUGCUUUUUGUAAUACCCGUUUGAUAAAGUUUGAUGUCUGUGCGAGAUAAGGAGAUCGCAACCGUUGAUAGGUGUGUUGGUGGCGGUGGUGGUGGGAAUGGAGGUGAUGAUGGUGAUGAUGAUGAAGAUGAGAGUGGUGGGGUCCAAGAAAGGGAUGAGCAAAAGCCGAGGAAGAGAGCCAAAGGGCAUGGCUGUUAUGGGUUUUCAAUGAAUUUUGGAAAAGCCAGGAACUUGGUACUUGGUCAAUUCACCAAGACCACAAGAAAACCCUCCAGAAAAACCCAUAUAAAGGCUUCUUAUUCUUCUUCUUCUGUUCUUGUUGCUGCACCAAAUGCUUCUACUUCAUCUUCUUCAGGUAAAGGUUGUUGCUUAUGUAUCAAGAAAUCUGGAACUGGGGAAUCAUCUUUGGGGUCUCAAACUAGUGAUCCCAAUGACCCAACUUUUACUUAUGAUAUGUUGAAAGUUUUGAUUGAGAGGAAUGAUUUUUAUUCGAAAGAAUGCAAUUCCCAUUUAGAUGUUUCUGAAGUUUCAUGUUGCAGAGAAUGAGAGUUAAAUUCAAUAUUUUUCUGUAUUAUAAUUUGUUGUUGAUCAAAAUUUGAUUGGAAGUAAUAACAGUAUAGAAUUUUUCUCAA